UUUUAAAAAAUACUCGUGGGCUCUAUGGAGGCUCUUCCUAUAGUCAAAAAGACGGACAAAAACUGCUUGGAGAUUUCUCUAGAUGCUAGAUUAGAAAGCCUCUUUAGAACAGAACAAAAGAUAAAGCAAUUGUCCGUACCUCUAAGCGAGAACCACAUUGAGAGAGUUGCUCCUGAUUAUGUGCCCCAAUCUUUGCAUCAAAAACAAACAUUUAAAGAAUGCAAGUUAAAUAAAGAGACCACCUUGAUAGCUUUAGAUUCCUCUUUCGUUGAAAUUCAGGAAAGGGAACGACCUUUAGAUCUUAACCCAGAAGAGCUCUCUUUAGAAUGCGCUGCUAAAGUUAACUUUUUUGACAUCUCUAAUAAAAAAACGGAAACCUCUGAGAAUACGUUGGCUCUUCUUCCUUCAAUAAGCAAGCAGGACCUCUACAAAAUGGAAGAUCACCGCUUCCUAAAGAGAGUUGAAGCCCUUGAAGCUUCUACGUUAUCUCUGCAUAGAAGAUGGCUAACACAGCUACUUUUGGGCUUCAACAUCUUACUUUACGGCUACGGGAGCAAGCGGCAGAUUUGUGCUCUGUUCGGGCGGCAGCUGAGCCACUACCACGUGAUUCACUUUCAUGGUUACCAUCCGGACAUCACCAUCCAGAAGAUGAUAUCUUUUAUAGUCAAAGAAAUAUUUAAAGCUGGUUGGACUUCUCAAAGUGUGAAAGAGCAGAUUCACUUUAUUGAGAUGCAAUUCUCACAGGAGAAAGCCCAGGACUUAUUUCUCUUCGUGCACAGUCUUGACGCCCUCCAUCUUCGCUCGCCCCGCACGCAGGAACUCCUGAGCAAGCUUGCCAGUCUGCCUAAAGUCCAUCUCCUUGCCACUGUCGACCACCUUCACGCUCUUCAACUAUGGAACUUAUCUACUCGUUCGGAUUUCAACUGGUGCUGGUACGAAACCACAACUUUUGCGCCUUACAAGUGCGAAACUGAACUUUUAAGCAGUCAACCUCUUGAAGAGAAGAAGACCAACGUGCGGGCCACUGUCACUGUUCUUCGCUCUCUCAGUUCAAAGACACAAGAAAUCUACAAGUCGCUUCUAGAGUAUUAUCUGACUAAGAAAAACGACGACGAGCUUGGCUUAAAUAAAAAGAAGUUAUUAAAAAUUUGUUUGGACAAAUUUAUUGUGCAUGGCCCUGAAGCUUUUAAUUUACAGUUAAAUGAAUUUUUAGAUCACGGCAUUGUGGCAACUAAAAAGGCGAAAAAUGGUCAGGACUUGGUCUCCAUUCCUCUAGACAGCGCUCAGCUAAUAGCUUUAACUCGUGAAUUGGGAAACUGGUUGUAAGUGAACAAGGAUCCUGUAGAAAUUGCAGUCUAGUAAUUGGCAAUCCCAACUAAAGAUUUAAGUUGCAAUACAAGUUUAAACAGGAUAUAUCGUUUACAGUGUGGUUAAGUUUGAAUUCCUAUAAAAAGUUUUAUAAACUUUGGUCGGUGAAAUAACAGUGCGUUGAACUUGUAUGUGUGAAGCAGAUAGCCUUUCAUCAAAACAGACUAUUGCGUUCUCGAGCGUUUCUCUUUUUUAAUUAACUGUGUUUUUGUUAUUAACAUGAAAAUUUGAGGGUUACUCUACAGCGUGGCCAGCGUUGUCGUGCCGGUCCAGAAAAAAAUUUGACUCAUUCGCACCGUUUGACUAAGUGGAUGCAGCCGCCUUUAGAUUUAAGCUGAAUAUGAGUUACGCGUAACAGACUCCAGCUUAUUAAAAACAUUCUACUUGGACUAUACUAGUGCAUUUUAUUUGCAUUAUUUUGUGA